AUGGCGGAAUCGUCUUCUUCGCCGUCGCCUACGGAGGAGAUCGUUCGGUUGAUCAAACGGCUAAGCGCUUACGUUGCUUUCAAGAUGUCUAGCCUCUUCUCUACAUCUACUAUUCGCAAGCUGGAUUCAAGAUCUAUUGGUGCUAUUGCGGGGCUUGCAAUUGCGGUGAUUUUCACAUGGAGGGCGAUAAGAACACCUAGAGAGCGUCAAAGAAGGCAGCCGAAACGCAGGAUUCAAUCGGCUGAAUCCUCAAGUGCUGCUGCUCAGUCAAGUCUAACUUCGAUCCCUCCCGAAGUUUCUUUUUCUCACGAGGAUACCGCGGCGCAGGAUGUCGUUGAUCAGUUUUUUCAACCUGUGAAGCCUACCCUGGGGCAGAUAGUUAGGCAGAAGCUUAGUGAAGGAAGGAAGGUAACGUGUCGUCUUCUUGGAGUCAUUCUUGAAGAAUCAAGUCCAGAAGAACUCCAAAAACAAGUAACAGUGAGGUCAUCAGUUCUGGAAGUUCUCUUAGAGAUUACAAAGUAUUGUGAUUUAUAUCUCAUGGAAAGAGUUCUUGACGAUGAAAGCGAAGCCAAAGUUCUACAGGCUUUAGAGAGUGCAGGCAUUUUCACAUCUGGUGGUUUGGUCAAAGAUAAGGUCCUCUUUUGUAGUACAGAGAUCGGAAGAACUUCCUUUGUUAGACAGCUCGAACCUGAUUGGCAUAUCGAUACAAACCCAGAGAUCAGCACACAACUAGCUAGGUUCAUCAAAUAUCAGCUUCAUGUAUCUGCAGUGAAACCCGAGCGAACUGCUCCAAACGUUUUCACCUCGCAGUCUAUAGAACAAAGCAAAGCAUCAUCGCCUGAGAAACUCACCGGCGCUCGAAUGGAUUCUGUUUCCGAAAUCAACGAUAAUCUCUCCGUUGAAGUCUCUGCUCUUCUUGCUCCUCUUCCAAGUCUCCAACUUCAGGCACUUUCUCUCUCUCUCUCUUGCAGACGAAAUAUAGAUUCACGUGAGUAUUUCAAACAGCUUAUAACCAGUAGAAGUUGCAAUGGAAUUGAAGUCAAACAGAAUCUCAGCAAUGGAAAAGGUGUCUAUGCCAAUUCUGAGUUUCAGGAAGAUGAACUCAUUUUGAAGGAUCAGAUUCUUGUUGGUAUUCAACAUUCAUCCAACAAGGUGGACUGCUUGGUUUGCAGUUUUUGUUUCCUGUUCAUUGGAUCGGUAGAAAAACAAAUCGGGAGGAAACUUUAUUUUAAGAACAUGGGUCUUUCUGGCUGUUGUGACGGCGAUUCAUCUGAAAGCGAAGAAGAUGGUUGCGUGAAGUACAACGGAAAGCAGGAACAAUGUGGUGCUAGCAGUUCAAAUCAUAAGUCUCUUCCACAAGAAGUUGUUAGUUCUCUGAUGAAUGGUGAAAUGGCCUUGCCGUAUACUGAUAAGUUUCCUUUGCCUUCUCCUCUUUCGUGUCCCGGAAGAUGUCAGGAGGCUUUCUACUGUAGUGAAUCAUGCGCACAGAAAGACUGGGAAACUUCUCAUUCUUUACUUUGCACUGGUGAGAGGUCUGAAUCAAUAUCUAGAGAGGCUCUUGGCGAGUUUAUACAACAUGCUAACGAUACAAAUGAUAUUUUUCUCCUGGCUGCCAAGGCGAUUGCCUUUACCAUUUUAAAGUACAGGAAAUUGAAAGCAGAAUAUUUGAAUAAACAAGCGAAACAGAGUGUGCCAAAGCAGUUGCUGCUCUUGGAGGCAUGGAAACCAGUAUCUAUUGGAUACAAAAGAAGGUGGUGGGACUGCAUCGCGUUGCCAGAUGAUGUUGAUCCUUCUGAUGAAGGAGCCUUCAGGAUGCAGAUAAAGGAUCUUGCAUGUACUUCCUUGGAGCUCCUGAAGGCAGCCAUAUUUGACAAAGAAUGUGAAGCCCUUUUCUCGCUUGAUAUCUAUGGAAAUAUCAUCGGCAUGUUUGAGCUGAAUAACCUAGACUUGGUGGUAGCAUCACCAGUAGAGGACUAUUUCUUGUAUAUCGAUGAUCUUCCAGAUGCAGAGAAGGAAGAAGCUGAGGAAAUCACAAGACCGUUUCUAGAUGCUCUUGGUGAUGAGUAUUCAGACUGUUGCCAAGGAACGGCUUUCUUCCCUCUUCAGAGCUGUAUGAACCAUUCGUGUUGCCCUAACGCAAAAGCCUUCAAAAGAGAAGAGGACAGAGAUGGACAAGCAGUUAUUAUUGCGUUAAGACAAAUCAGCAAGAACGAAGAGGUGACAAUUUCAUAUAUAGACGAGGAGCUUCCGUACAUAGAGAGACAAGCAUUACUUGCAGACUACGGUUUCAGCUGCAAAUGCCCUAAAUGUCUGCAAGAUGCAUCAGUUGUCUAA